UUGGGGUUUCUUGAUUUUGUGUUAUUACACCAUAACUGUUGUUUGGGGUUUUUUGUUUUGGUGUUUCUUGAUUUGGGGUGUUGAGAGAUUUGGGUAAACUUUGAUUGUUCGAAUUGAUCGGACGGUGGAGAAAUUGAGUGGUAUUAUGCAGGCUGCUGAUCAGACGGUGUUGAGUUUGAGACCAGGUGGUGGUGGUGGUGGUAAUAGAAGCAGAGUACCUAGGUUUGAAGCUUCUUUUACCAAUUCUGAUCUGCCAUUGCUACGUCCACAUGGGGUUGGUGGUGGUUCAUCUGUUGAAAGAUCAAUCAAGACUGGAGACUCACGUUUUGAGGGCUGUGAGCGUAUUAAGUAUACUCGAGAUCAGUUGCUGCAACUGAGGGAGGUGGUUAUUAACAUUUCUGAUGAUAUUCUUCUAAUCAAGCAAGAAGUUGAAUCUGAAUUGUUUGGUGAAGAUGGCAGUCGAGGUCGUGCAGACACUAAUGUCCAAUCUCAGACUCGUUAUUCUGAGCCAGAUUCCCGUGAUUGGCGAAGCAAAUCAUCACAAUUUUCUUCCCCCGCAGAGGACAGAUGGGACGCUCAGCGAGAAAACAGAGAAUUUGGUGGCCGGCAAGAACAGCUUAACUCACAGUUUGCGAGAACUCACAUAUCUCCCAGCCAAGGGGGAGGACCUGCUCCCACGCUAAUCAAAGCUGAGCUUCCAUGGUCAGUUAGGAGAGGCAAUUUAUCCGACAAAGAUCGUGUCUUGAAGACUGUAAAGGGUAUACUCAACAAGCUGACUCCCGAGAAGUUUGAUCUCCUCAAAGGUCAACUGAUAGAUUCAGGGAUUACAAGCGCUGACAUCCUAAAGGGUGUUAUUUCCUUGAUAUUUGACAAGGCUGUAUUGGAACCAACAUUUUGUCCAAUGUAUGCCCAACUGUGUUCUGAUCUCAAUGAAAAGCUGCCCCCCUUUCCUUCUGAUGAACCUGGUGGCAAAGAGAUUACGUUCAAGCGUGUUCUAUUGAAUAACUGUCAGGAGGCAUUUGAAGGUGCCGACAAACUGCGACAAGAGGCGAGGCAAAUGACAGCUCCUGAACAGGAGUCAGAACGCAAGGACAAAGAAAGGUUGAUCAAGUUGCGCACUCUUGGCAAUAUUAAGCUUAUUGGAGAGCUUUUGAAGCAAAAGAUGGUUCCUGAAAAGAUUGUUCACCACAUUGUUCAGGAACUAUUAGGACAAGAUCCCAAAAGUUGUCCGGAAGAAGAGAAUGUGGAAGCCAUUUGUCAGUUCUUCAAUACCAUUGGAAAGCAGCUCAAUGAGAACCAAAAAUCAAGGCGCAUCAACGAUGUGUACUUUAACCGGUUGAAGGAACUAUCAACAAACCCUCAGUUGGUUCCACGGCUAAGGUUUAUGGUUCGUGAUGUGCUGGAUUUACGUUCCAAUAACUGGGUCCCUAGGCGAGAAGAGGUGAAAGCAAAAACCAUCACGGAGAUUCACUCUGAAGCGGAAAAGACCUUGGGGUUGCGCCCUGGUGCCACUGCAAGCAUGAGAAAUUCUCGUGGUCCUCCUGCUCAAGGAAAUUUGAGUCCUGGUGGCUUCCCUAUCAAUCGGCCAGGCACUGGUGGUAUGAUGCCCGGAAUGCCAGGAGCUAGGAAGAUGCCUGGUGCGCCUGGGAUGGAUAACGACGACUGGGAAGUUCCUAGAUCCCGGUCGAUGCCUAGAGGUAAUGGAUCACUCGUGCAGCCUGGUGGACGAGGUCAGGCACCAUUGGUUGGCAAGUCGCCCUCAUUGAACCCAAGACUUCUGCCUCAGGGUAGUGGUGGCUUCGUGGGUGGCAGGCCUAGUGCCCUCUUGCAAGGUAGUGGUGCUCCUCCUGCUCGCCCAUUGAGCUAUGGUUUUGGCAUGGAGCCUGCAUCACAGGUUCACGGACCAGUUAGACCUCCUCCAGCAACCGUUGUUUCUCCAUCUGCUGAAAAACCACAGGCUCCUGCUGCUCGUUCGACACCUGAACUAAAGAGAGAGACAAUAUCUCUUCUGGAGGAAUAUUUCAGCGUUCGGAUUCUGGCAGAAGCUUUGCAAUGUGUUGAGGAACUCAAAUCCCCAGCCUACCAUCCUGAGGUUGUCAAAGAAGCAAUAUCAAUUGGUCUGGACAAAAGCCCACCACGCGUUGAACCAGUUGCACAGUUUCUCGAACACUUGUUUGUGAAGAAAGUUUUCACCACCGGGGACUUGGUCACUGGUUUCUUGAACUUUGCCUCUCUGCUGGAUGACCUUGCCAUGGAUCUACCAAAAGCACCAGUAAAUUUCGGUGACAUAGUUGCUCGACUAGUUUUGGCUGGAGCUUUCGACUUCAAGGUGGUCAAUGAGAUCCUGAAGAAGGUAACUGAUGAUCUAUACCAGAAAGACAUAUUCACGGCUACAAUGGGAGCUAUUAGCUCUAGUCCUACAGGCCUAGCAGUAUUGGAUUCGCAAGCACCCGACGUUGAGGCAUGCCAAAUUCUUUUCCAAUAAAAAGCUCAACUCUUCGUGAAGAGCGAUUUUCUGUUACCUCAGUAGAUUGAAUGUACUGAAAACUCACUUUUCAGCCUUGCGUGUUCACGCCCAACAGAGAAAGCGCAACAACUGAAUCACAGGUUGAUUUUUACGCGAGUUGUAUUUUUUUCUAAGGUAUAAGUAGUGUGUUAAAGGAAAGAUUUUGCCUUUUGAGGAUGGUUAAUUGUACUCCAUAUUUGCUCUAGGCAAAAAGGCCCUCAUUUUGUAUUACAUUAGUUAUUUAUUUAUUAUCUCUUCUCUUUCUUUUUGACUAGAUGAUAAAAAGUUUUUGUCAAAUCUGUUGGGUUCAUACUGCAACUGUUUAAGCCUUUAUACACUACCAUUUUUGAUUUA